AUGUCAAAUUUUGCUUAAUUUCUUGAGGACAUUAGCGAUUUCAAGGAUAGGCCUGUUAAAUUAAAAUAGAUCAAAAAAGUUCUGAAAAUAAAUGAAAAAAGUUUUCCGCCUUGCAAAAAUAUCCUCAACUAUUAUUUUUAAGAGUUUUCAAAGUAGAUGUUUACAAUAAAAGUAGACGAACUAACGAAGAACAUCGUACUAAGUGGCAUAGAAAAGAUAAAAUACUAUUUGUUUGGACUGUAUUGAAAUAUUUUGAAUUAACGAAUAAGACUGAUCUCAAUCCUGUAUGUCUUAUAAAUAGCAUAGUCUGAUUAAGAUUGGCAAUAUCUUUCUUCAGUGCUUGGUGUGACAGAAUAAUUGUUGAAUUUAAAAUGGAUUAGUAUGCUUAAAACUAAUUUAAAAAUGGCACCUUGGAAUACAGACGAGGACGAAGUUUUACAAUAAUUGAUUACAGAUCCGAGUGAAAAUAAGAAUUGGACUCAGAUAACUAUUGAUUUUAAUCGAGCUAAUCCAGCAAAAAUAGUUAGGCAUGCCAAAUAAAUCCGAGAAAGAUGGAAUAAUUAUUUAAAUCCAGACUUAAAAAAGUAUUAUAAUGAAAAUUAAUUAGAUCUGAAUGGUCAUAACCAGAAUAAUUGUAAUUAUUAUUGCUUGUGUAAGAAAUAGGAAAGCGAUGGUCUUUGAUCUCAAAACGCAUUUAGGGAAGGACAGAAAAUUAGGUAAAAAAUUAAUACAAUUCUAUGAUGAAUAAUUAUAGGAGAUAGAACGUAUAAAUUGAAUAUUAGUAUUAGUAAUUGGAUAAUGAAGAUAUUGCAAUUAAUAAAUUGUUGGCCAAUUUAUAAGGAAAAGAUUAUGAAGGACCAGUACCAUUAGCUAGUAAGAGAAUUCGAAAAACGAUCAACAACAAUAAUAAUAUUAACAUCAAUAAUAAUAGCAAUAACAAUAACAAUAAUAAGGAUACUAUUUUAUAUAAUAAUGAUCAGCCAUACAUGUAGGUGGAGAAUAACAUAAUUAAUGAAAUUAAGGAGGAGCAUCAACAAGAAUAGUCAUAAUAGUAAUUUUUAUAACAAUAAUCAUAAUCAUAAUUACAAUUACAAUAAUAGCAAUAAUAAUAACAAUUAUUGUUAUAAUAAUAAUAGCAAUAACCACAACAAUAGUAAUAAUAACAAUAAUCACAACCCUUAAUGCUUGGAUUACCAGUAUAUUCACCGAUGUUACCUUUUUCACCUUUACAUUAUUUGUUAUGUAAAAGAUAGUAAGUAUGAUUAGCAUCAAGUCCCAACAAUAUUUCAUCUCCCUAUGAAAUAAGAAACAAAAAUUAUUCUGGCCAAUUGCAAUUAUUUGAUGAAUAUAUGAAAUCAACAAAUAAUUUGGAUUCAAGUGCUCCCCAGCAGGAUUGCUUAUUAAGAUUAUUUAAUUCACCAGCUUUCAGCAAUUCUGGAUUCCCAUUUGCUACGAUACCCUUCCAAUAACCGACAUAAUAACAAUCAACUUACAAUACAAAAAAGAUUAAUAAGAUUUAAAAAGAAUUGCUUAAAUUCGACACAGGUUUAAACAAAGAUUGCUGA